UUUCUAUCGGGCAUUGUUCGGGUCUAUGCGGGUUUUUUCGGGCAAAUACUUGAAUUUUUUUCAAAACGCCGAAAACGCCCGCACUUUUUACGGCAUAUGCGACUUAUUGGCACCCUUGUAUGCAAGGACAGCUUUUUUAUGCCGCCCUUUUUGUGCCAAGGUCUGCAUGCCGAGAAAACUUUGUUUUAAGGUUUGACAGAACCAACCUUGUUUUGAAGGAUGUACAUAGAAUAAAAAUGAGAGGAAAAAAUUAAAGUUUUUAUGUAAUAUAUUAUUUGUUGUACACAGGAAAACCACUUCACUUCAUUUUAAUCUUAAGUAGAAUCCGCAUUUUAAUUUAUUUCAGACCUUGAAAAAUUGACAUUGCUGCUCUAAGGAAACAAAGUCAAAAUUGUCAAUGAAUCGGAAGAAUAACGCGUCUGCAAAAUAUAUAAGUUGAGAUAAAUUUUGUAAUUUUAAAUUUCCAGAUUAAAGGAGAAUAUAAGGUGCCAACCUCUAAAUCGGUUUUGCCGACCUCAUAUUCGUGUUGGUCUACAAAAUUUUGCCGACUUUCGGUACCUUGUAUUCAUGUAUAUGAUGUUUUAAUGCACACACAUUUAGGUAGCUAGCUAGUGUAAAAAAACAACAGACAAUUGAUUUUUGUCUUUUUUAUUGAUCAAUGGUUUCCAUCGUGGUUCUACUGUUUUAUAGAGAAAAUAGCAGACCAUUGAAAAUUUAUUCUAAGAGUUCAAUAAAGUUUUAUACUUUGUGAGGAAAAAAAACAAUAUUUGUGGCCAACUGUAUUGUGGCAUUUUUAAAAAAGGUUGCCAACUUAAAACGCCAGUUGCCUUCCUUUUUUGUCAUUCUCAUCAGGACUUUCUGAUGACUAUAUACAUAUAUAUAUAUCCAUAAUCAUAAACCCACCUUAACACUUCUGUCUUAGUUAUAAUAAUAGUUAUAAUAAAAAACAUACAUAUAAUGUAGCUGACUUUGUCAGUUGCCAUUAAAUGAAAGUAAAUAAUGGUAUUUUCUAAAGACAUCCAAGUCCACAAAGGGAAUUACGCACCAACUCCUACACAACAAAACAGCACUCUACCAGUUCAAGAUGACAAAAAGAAAAUUGGUUCAUUUGAGUUGUAUAUUAUUGUAGCAGCCUGCACAUUUGUUGUUUUGGUUGUGUUUAUUAUAAUUGUUGUGUGCGCUUGUCGACGAAAAAGAAGAAAACAAAGUACAGUGGUACUAUCCCAAACAAAAUGGAAUGUAAGUUUUCCAAAGAAUGUUUAUCCUCCAGAAGGCUCGUCUCAUUUUGAAGAUGAUGAUUACACAGAAGUUGAUGCAUACGAGCGUACAUACGAAUCAGUAAGAAAGAAAAACAGAGCUCAGAGUACGAAAUAUGACAUUCCAAAUGUCAAUGUGCAAAACCCCAACACAACUAAGUUGCCUGUUUAUAAAAAUCUGAAUUCGGAUAGUCAGAAUUACUACGAAAGCCCUGUGUUGUUACGCAGUGUUGUUUAUCAAGUUCCACCGUCUAAUCCCACAGAAAUUGAUGCUGACACAGAAUAUAUUGAGUUUAUUGAAUAAAUUUUGAUUUAUUAUAGUUUAUUAAUUAUUUUUCAGUGAAACUGAAAAUUAUUACCUGUAUGUUUAGACGUUUUCAAUGCUGUAGUUUUUUGUCAAAACUUUCUUUAUGUUUAUAGAUUUUUUAUAUAUAGCUUAUAUCACUUGUAAUUUAUUUUCUCUUUUUUAAUUGUAUAUUACAAAAACUUUAUAUGGCUUUUUUAUAUGAACACAUAGCUAUAAAAUAUAUUUUUAAUAUGGACAUCCUCAAGUUAAAUUUUUGUCAUUUAAUUUAUUUUAACAAAAUUAUGUAGAGGAUAAUGUUUAUAUAUUAUACCGUGAAGAAAUGUACUUGGGAUUUUUCUUUAAAACAACCAUGCUUAACCCGUCUAAUAGAAAAGUUUAAUAAACUUUAUUAGCAAGGUGAUACUCUUAAACUAUCUUUUAAUGUUAACAGUACUUUGUAUGCAAUAGAGAUGAAUAUUGUAAUCUAGUUUAAGCACGAUUAUCAAAACAAUAAUAUAUGUUCGAUGUAUUCUUCAAAUUAAUUUUACUCAACCUUAAUAAUCGUGUAGCCCGUCAUCCAUACUUUAUUUAUUGAAUAUGCAAUUAACACUAAAUCUUUUGACGUUUAAUUGUUUUAAAUCGAGAAUCAUUAAUUUUCUUGGAAAAUAGAAAGUAUUUUAAACUGAUUUGUUGUCUACAAGUUUCACAGAAGCAAAUGUUUGAUUAACAAUACGUGAAACUACUUUUUGGAUUUUGGUGUCUUCAGGGCAGGAUGAGAAGGGGUUUACAAUACACUUCUUCAUUUGUGAGGCAGCCCUUAUAUUAUGAAGAAAGAGACUCUGCAUAUAAUAUUAUGAAUUGUUGCUCCUUUUUUUAUAACAGUUCGUAUAUAAAUAAUAAGCAAACAGCAUGACCACCAACACGAUAUUUUUAGUGGUACUUAAUGUCUCUUAAUGCAAUAACUGUUGACAAUUUGAUCCAAAAGUGACUUUUGGUUCUAGAAUUGAGAAUAGAAAUAAAUAUAUUAACAUUUGUUACAAAUUCCUUUAGAGUUACCUUUUUGUAUUGGCUUGUUAUGUAAAUGCGGAAUAAUGUUAUGCAUUUGUUGUUU